CGUCUCUAGACGCCUCGACAUCACACCAUUCACCAUAUCCAAUUUCGAUAUGCCAAAACUAUUAAACGGUUUAUACAGUGGCAAUCGUGCCAUUUCACCAGAACUCAUGGAGUCGCAGCCGGCACUGGGAUCUGGUUCGAUAAAAUCAAAAGGGAAGUUCUGGAUAUUUUCAAUGAUAAUUGAGCGUGUGUCAAGUCCCAGACGUGCUGAUAGCGAAGAUGCAGAUACACCACUUGAGUCAAUAUUGCAAGCAGACCCUGCCGUAGAACAAGUUUGUCUUUUGCGUGACAGUCCGUUCAGGAUAUUAAGGACUAUGUUGUACAGUCCUUUGGUACUACAAAAUCUUUCACCCAAGUUGAUAGAACAGAAACUAGAACAAUCUCUGCAAAAUUACAUCAAUUUAAACUAUAUUAUACAGACCACCACAUCAGCCAACAUUGAAAUGCUGCAAAAAGUUGAAUCAAAUUUAUUAGAAAUAAAGUAA